AUGCCACCACAGUCGUCUGUGGCCAUCCACCUGGAGCCCGCAGAAUGGGUGCUGAUAGAGCUUCUACUCGAUUACCGGGCCAGCCUGCCAUACGACAGUGCCCAGGGUCUCCAAAUCCGGUUCGUUGGCAAACACGUUCGUUAUAAAUUGCUCGGGCAAACAUGGAAUGAAAUCGAGGUCUCGAUUAAUAUGUGCCCCCUUCAGUUUCGGUCAGAACUCAAGGCGCUCUACUUCAGGGACCAAGAGAAAUACACAAAGCGAGCAGAAAGCCUCAGAGCCAUACCUAAUAUUGGGAUAAUAAAAUAUCCCAUAAAAUUGAUGAUACCGCCUUACAGGGUGGUCUAUCAAGUUACAAUCUUUGGGCUCGACAUUUGCUUCACCGAUUCCAGAGCAGCAGGUUGGUUUAAUCCGAUUAUUUUUAGUCCGGAAACCGGCCGGGUCGUCACCGAUGCCGUAACUGAUGCCUUCAACCGCGAUGCCACAAUCGAUUCCCUAGCCUAUAAUGUCGUUACCCAGGAGAUAGAGGACUCCACCGGUUAUGGACUUCAUGAUCUCAAGAAUGGUAUCAUCAGAACACCGAUUCAUGAAGGAAUCGUUUUAAAGAAAGACCCCUUCUGUUUCUUCCGCCUAAUUCGGGAAGCGUGUACUACAGGGUAUCGAAUAUCUCAUAAUAUGGUGGUGUUGAUGAAAAACACAUCCGUUCUGCGGUGCAUUACUAAAGGAAAAGCCCUCCAUAAAUUCAGCAUAGACAAUCUAAGGGCCGAAAUAAUGGAGAUAAUAAACGGCGCAGAUCCCGGGAGAGGUCUGUCGCUGAUCCACAUGUCACUUUUAUAUCCAGUGAUAUUUGUGUAUCCGCGUGUAACUCCCCGCCUGUGGCAAAUACACUCUCCCCGCCUAGGCUAUCAAUUUGGCAGGUGGAAAUCGAACUCUUCUCUUGUCUAUAGUACGGUCGACUGUCUUCUGGCUGACCCAAUACACCGCAAGAGUAACAUGGGGAAAUACCUUCUUUGGAUUGAUACCGAGAACCUGUGGUUGCUUGCAGUAUUUUCUCAUUUUGGGCAGCUAAGAACAAACAUCGGUACCGUCAAAAGAGAUGAAGGAAUUGUUGAAACUAUUGCUAACGAAGCAAGGGCAUUCCACCCCGAGACAGCAAUAUCCGAUCUUUUGCGAGACUGUCUGAAAAACAUGAACGACAUUCAUUCAUACGUGGAAGAACCGGACUUCAGCAGUUUAAAGCGUAGCGACAUUGGCUUGGCUUUGAGGUACUGGGGUAUCACAUGGAGGUUUCAGGUUUUAUACGCGAUGUUGGCAGAUAUCGCGCAUAUUGCAUUUGACAGAGAGUCAUUGACCGACGUGCUGCUGCGCUACGACAGGUUCUUGGGGUAUAUCUUUCAUAACAAACUAGAGUAUGCGCUCUUCCUAGACCCCAUUCUCACAAGGCAGGAUAUUGAAGACAUGUUCGACCUCAGGAAGAGGUCAUGCCUCAACGCGCUGGUUUAUGAAGCCGUCGUUAGCUGGCAACUCGAUAAUCCUCGCGGUUCGAGACAGGAGGUCAUCGAAUGGGUCAGUCACAUGAUACUCACACGAACUGGCCCUCGGGUGGGAUCACGUGAUCACACAAUGGUCCUGGACGCUUUUUCCGGUCCAUUAUCAAGGCGAGAUGACACUCAACCUCCUCCAGCAAAAAGAAUAAAAAGAUGA